CGGUUAAAUUCGAUUAGAUUUAAAAAAAUAUGCGCAAGCGUACUUUUUACAAAGACCAUACCAUAACCUAUAAAGCUAAACAACCGGUUUUAUAUGUAUUUAAUUAUUUAAUCUCUUCCGUUUUCCCAUUUUCCUCCAGUUCUUUACCAAAAUAAUAGUUUAAUAAAAUCAUAAAUUAAGAGUUCAAAGCAAAAUGUGCGACAUGAAUUAUUUUACCAGCGAUGCCAAUAAAAUCAUAACUAUAAUAUUUGUUAAAUCACCUGAAGAUAUGGAUAUCAAGAAGGAAAGGUGUAAGCCAAAGAUGACACACCAAAUAUUUCAAAAAGAGAGCAUUUUUGGUUAUAAUGGGUUGAAAGUUAAAUUAUUUUAUUCAUGUUAUACGUAUCAUUGUUAUGUUGAAAUCUCUUACCUUGAUAAGUGGGAUGAUACUUAUUGGGGAUUGAAAGCUGAUAAUAUAAUAGAUUGUUUAAGCCCUUGGUUGAGGGAGGCUAUGAUUCUAAAUAAGGCUGAUUUUAUAAAUAUCUUAAAGAAUUAUGAGAGAAGCCUAAAAUAUGGAGUAUCUCUUGAAGAAUUCGAUCACCUGGUAUUACCUGAUCGAAACAUUUUGGGUUCUAUUCGAAUUUGUGAUAUAAAAGACAAAGAGUUUGUUAAACUACACCAGAGAUUUGAAAGUUUAAUUAUAAUGUACAUUGAUGCUGCUAACUUUAUUGAUAUGACUGAUAAUAACUGGAAAGUUAUUUAUUUAUAUGAGAAAAAAUUCGUCAAACCAAACGUCAUUCGUUAUACCCCCAUAGGUUUUGCCACUAUUUAUAUAUUUGAUACAAAAAAAAUAGGAAGAAUCAGUCAAUUUUUUAUUACACCUCUGUACCAAGGACAAGGUUUAGGUUUCAUAUUUUUAAGAACCAUCUCCCAAUAUCUUCGAAGCAAUGCUUUAGACAUAAAAAAAAUUUCUGUUGAAUCUCCCAACAAAUUAUUUACGUAUUUAAGAGACAAAGUUGAUGUCUCAAAUUGUCUUGACUUACCAGUAUUCACUAUCAACGAAAUUAGAGGCGGCUUAGCAAGUGAUGCAUACAAAAGAAUCUGCUCCAAUUUCAAACUAUGCAAAAAACAAGCCAAAAGGAUUUACGAAAUCCUACGUGCUUAUUACUGCGAUCUUGGAAUCGACGAUUACGAAGAAUUUAAAUCCAAUUUCAUCAAAGAUCGGAAAAUUGAAAUUUUAGACUUACGAAUUUACCCUAAAAGAGAAAGAGACUACCAGCUAAAAUUAUUUGAAUCUAAUAUAGCUAUCCAAAAUGCUAAUCUCAAUAAAGUCUUUGAGAACUUUAUGAGAAGUAUUCAACAUAUUUUGUUAUAUCUUAAAACUAGAAUUUAAGAGAUUUAAAAUUUAGUAAUUUCGUUCAUGUUUU